CUCUGGCCCCACCACUCAAGGUGUCAGCAGCAGUGGUAGCAACAACAAUAAUGCAGCUGCUGUUGGCAGCAGCAGUGCUGCAGUCGGCGAUGUUGAGAAAUCAACUAAAGCUCAUGCCAAUACGGUUUUAUUGAAAUCAGUUUCAGCCUUUUUGGCAAGCAAUAAACGUAAUUCUAGUAAUCAGUCGAAGGCAUCGGAAGCUUCGCUGAAAACAAGUCGCCGUUCGAAAAAGGAUAGAAUGGAUGAAUUGAGUGGUAAAAUAAAUCCAAAAUUAUUGGAACAGUUGCGAAAGAAAACUAGAUUUAAUAAAGAUGAAUUGGAUGCGUUAUGUCGUAUUUAUCGUAAAUUAGUAUCAAAUUGUCAAUAUGCCACAAAAACUCUGGCAUCUGGACCUUCUGGGGCAGCAAUUGCCAAGCCACAUUCACUAUAUACAGGCAUUGAUCGCAUUGUAUUCCGUGAACUCUUACACAGCACAUUCGACAUCGUCACUGAGGAAAUUCUAAUGGAACGAAUUUUCUGCAGCUGGGAUAAAGCACAUGAGGGUCUACCUUUGCGCUUAGAAGGUUGGCUUGUUGGACUAUCGGUAUUUUUACGUGGUUCACCCAGUGAGAGGGCAGCAUUUUGUUUUCGUGUUUACGACUUAAAUGGUGAUGGUUUUAUAACGAAAGAUGAAAUGUUUACUUUGUUAAGGAAUUGCUUGAUAAAACAACCACAAGAUGAGGAUCCCGAUGAGGGUGUUAAGGAUUUGGUGGAGAUUGUUUUAAGAAAAUUUGAUUUGGAUAAAGAUGGAAAGGUUUCUUUGGAUGAUUUUAUGCGCACCGUAGCCGCUCAACCUUUAUUAAUUGAAGCCUUUGGUCAAUGUCUACCUACAGAAAGUGCUAUUAUAUCAUUUUUCUCUACUUUACAAGUUUAAUUUGUUAAAUGCAGCAAUUUUAUCUAGAUAUAAUUACUUAAUUUGCAACUAAGGGCGGGUUUUUCAGAUAAAGAUAAUCUACAUUCUUUGGUUAAACCUAGUUUAAUAUAUGUUUUGUGUUUUUCAGUAAACAGUAACGUUACUUAUUAUCUUAGUUUAACUGAGUGUUAU